CGAACGAGAAUACUUGCUAAGCAGACAACCCUACUAAAUAAGUAAUCUCGAGGCCUUCCAUCUUAGGAAGCUAUUGAGCGAGUUUCUCUCAUUUAGGAAAAAAACAUUAAUAUAGUCAUAAUUGUUGAAGUUGAAGCGAGAACGGUCCUGUUUACAUAAAUUGUAAUUUUGUUGGGUAAAUAUCGACUAACUAGAAUAGCGCCGACAUCAGAGGGACCAAGGUUCUCGUCUCAUUCAUCAUCUACCUAUCUACCUACAUAGGUAUUUAUCGAAGUUUACUAAGAGCGAAGAAGGGAGGAGACAAGAAGUGGUAAAGAGACCGAUACACCCUACAUAUCAUAAACUGGUUCCCGGCUUGCCCAAAGCCGUAACCGCCGCCGUUAUGAUUGGCACGUCGAUACCGGAGUACAUCUUCAUCCGUAUAUGCAUAUUUAUGCUGCAGUAUACAUCGCUGCUCUGCGUACUAUGUCUGGUCCUCUUGGCAGCGACUCUUAGCUGGUCUCUUGCAGCGGUGCUAUCCCAUCCUCUGGGCAUAGUGCUACUUCUCUACUGCAUCGCUGACGUGCUGUACGCUAUUCUGAUCUACAUCCCGCACAAUCGGCGGUUAAAGAACGAAGCAAUCCAUCCACCACAGCACUCACGUGAAGAGCGUCGUGCUCUAUUCCAGCGCUGCUUCACAAACGUGCCCGACGUCCGGCGCUAUGUCCAGAUGUGGUUCCUUGGCGCAGACGAGUCCGAGAUACGGAGAGACAACGUACACGACUUUAUUCUUUGGGCAUUCCUUGAUAAGAGGCCGGGCCAGGAGUCCGACGAGGAAGAUGAAGAGCUAGACGAGUAUAUAGAAAUUGUCGAAGGGCGCCUGGGACGUAGGCUAGAACCGGGAAGAGGGAAGGCUGAGAGUCUCCGAUUGACUCUGGACGAAGUGGAAACCCGAUAUAGAAGUGUUGUGUGGUAUUUUCUCGUGGGAGUGGUCGACUUUGUGUCGCAUUGCCGAUUAGCGCAUAGCGGGUUUCAUUAUCAUGCUCACUCGCCGUCUACGACCCGCUCCCUCAUCCCUCCGCGCUUACAAGACCUCGUCGCCCAAAGGCAUUCAGAGUCAGAUGGAUUCACUUAUUGGCACCGCCCACAUACCGCUUCUGAUAAACUUCCCGUCGUGUUCUUGCACGGUAUCGGUAUCGGCCUUUACCCGUACGUGCCAUUCCUCACUCAACUGAACUCGCAAUCAAAAGAACAGGAUGGAAAGGGACAGAUAGGGAUUAUCGCCAUCGAGAUUCUCCCAGUGUCCUUCCGGCUCACGGAGGAGCCAUUGGAUAGGGCUGAAUUCCUGAAGCAGGUUGCUACGAUUCUGGUUGCGCACGGGUGGGACAGGUUCGUGUUGGCAUCUCAUUCGUAUGGAAGCGUCUUGGCAACCCACAUGCUGCGCUCGGAAAACCUGACCGACCGGAUCGCUUCAGUAGUACUAAUCGACCCCGUGACCAUCUUGUUGCAUCUACCAGAUGUAGCAUACAACUUCACUAGACGCAGGCCUAAAGGGGCCAACGAGUGGCAGCUAUGGUACUUUGCCAGUAUGGAUCCUGGGGUGGCGCACUGCCUUGGACGGCAUUUCUUUUGGAAAGACAAUAUUGUUUGGAAGGAAGAGCUAUUGGGAGUGGCGGGACGGUUACCUGCAGAAGUAGGUGGUGUGGGUGAUCAGGGGGGCCAGGAUACUGCAAGACCGCGGAGAAACGUAGCGGUGUGUCUUGCAGAACGAGAUUUGAUUGUCGACACUUCAGCGGUUGCCCAAUAUUUGAGCGCUGAUGGCGAUGGAUGGGUCACCCCUAACCCCGCAGAUAAAGGAGAUGCCAGGCUUAAGGAGCAGCCUAUGGAACGGGAUAGACUGGGAUAUAGUCUUCUCACACGCGACGGGAUCGAGCUGCUCUGGUUCUCGGGGUUAGACCAUGCUCAAGUAUUUGACUCGAGGCAGGCACAGGAUCGACUUUGCAGCUUAAUACGCCGUCAUUGUACAAAAUAGAUGGCCACCCAGGAAAUUGCCGCUAUAAUUAAUAAGUAAUAGAGCUAAAGAUUUAAGCGCUACCAGGUUCCUGGUAUUUCGGACCUACACGUACAGACUCGCUGAAUUGGCUGUAUGUGAAUGGCCUUAACAGUAGCUUUAAUCGAUCGAAUCGGCCUUUGCCUCGUCGCCUCCCCAGCCCGUCAAGUAGACCACCACAGGCUCUGGGCCACUCCGGAUAAGGACCCAUACAACAUUUUCAUCAGUAUCGUUGAUUUCUUGGUGUUCAGUCCAAGGUGGAAUGAAAGCAAAAUCGCCUGGAGAGAGCUCAUGUCUCUUAAGUUCUUCGUCAGCGCCAGAGCUAGUCACCAAUCUAUCAUUUGUCAGCUGUUGCUGUAGGCCCUGGGUAUUUAAAUUUAUUGGAGAUGAAAAGCCGAAGAGUAGCAUGAGACUAUUAAAACAUAAUUACGUACAUUCCCUUGCCCGAGGCGGCGUAGAUGAUAGUCUCUAUGUAAAUAUCAGAUAGAGUACUUUUGACGCGUUUGCGAUAGAGCCAAGACUUACCUUGCUCCCCAUGGUGAUGUACU